GCGCAUGCGCGUGAUUUCCGUCAAGCUGUGGGUUGGGAGUAGGCAGCAUCUUGCUCGUAUACUAUCUUUGUAACCAACAGCUGGGUGGUACUUCGACAAAAAGUUGCUUCAAUGACAUUUUCACCAGGGAUGACAGCUUGAUUGCGACGAACCAACACUUCUAUUGCGUGUUUAUUUUUUUCCUGCCGUGCUAUGGAUUUUAACGUUAAGCGGUUAGCCGCAGACGCCGGUACCUUCCUGAGCCGCGCGGUACAAUUCACAGAAGAGAAGCUUGGCCAGGCUGAAAAGACAGAGCUGGACGCUCAUCUGGAGCAGCUGCUGGUCCGAGCUGAGAACACCAAGCAAUGGACAGAGAAGAUCAUGAAGCAGACGGAGGUCCUACUACAGCCCAACCCGAAUGCCCGGCUAGAAGAAUUCCUUUAUGAGAAGCUAGAAAAGAAAGCCCCCACACGAUUGAACAGCCAUGAGCUGCUGGGCCAGUCUAUGAUUGAUUCGGGAAAUGAAUUUGGUCCUGGAACUGCCUACGGAAACGCUCUCAUAAAAUGCGGGGAGACGGAGAAGCAGAUUGGCGGCGCAGAGCGGGAGUUCAUCCAGAGUGCUGCCAUCAACUUCCUGACACCAUUCAGAAACUUUCUUGAGGGCGAUUUUAAAACAAUCCUGAAAGAAAGAAAGCUACUCCAGGUCAAACGCCUGGAUCUGGAUGCAGCCAAAACCAGAGCGAAGAAAGCCCGGAUGGGUGACGCAAAAGCUGUCGCAGAGCAGGAGUUGAGGAUGACCCAGAGCGAGUUUGACCGACAGGCAGAAAUCACCCGGCUUCUGCUAGAAGGCGUCAGCAGCACACAUGCACACCACCUACGCUGCCUGAAUGACUUUGUGGAGGCCCAGACUACAUACUAUGCACAGAGUUACCAGUACAUGGUGGAUCUCCAAAAGCAGCUGGGCAGUUUCCCGUCAUCCUUCUCGAACAACAACCAGUCGACGGUGUCGGGCGGGGCCAGCAUUUCCGUGCCCACCAUCGCCGUCUCGGCCUCGCUGCCCAGCGUGUCUGCCGGCAGCGGGAGCUCCACGGCGUCGGGCGGCUUCAGCGAGCUGCGCAGCUCCAACGGCAGCCGCAAAGCCCGGGUCCUCUACGACUACGACGCCGCCAGCAGCAGCGAGCUGUCCCUGCUGGCUGACGAGGUGAUCACAGUCAGCAGCGUUCCAGGCAUGGACUCUGACUGGUUGAUGGGGGAGCGAGGCAUCCAAAAAGGCAAAGUGCCAAUCACCUACCUGGAACUGCUCAACUAGGACCCUCUGUAACCAGCUGUGAUUUCAUAUUUAUAUUGCGUUGCAGGGACAGGCAUGUUUCUUCUUCACUUCUGGCAUUUUAGAAAGUUUUAUCUGCGUUAAACAAGAUGGCGUUUCGCUUUUAGCAGAUUCCUCAUGGAAUAAAUACAUUUGAGUGGAGGGAGGGACGUGGAUCCGAUCCCUGGUGUGUGUGCAUGUGUUUGUGUGCUAGCUGCCGCACGAUUCUAAUGUCUGCUUCUGUGUCUGUUUGAUGCAACAUGUGACAGAACAUCUCCCGAGAUGUAACAUGGUAAAAAUUGAGUUUUGUAAUUAAUUAGUUUACUCUCUCGCCUCUUCAUAAGUUCAGUGAAUCAGUUGAAUACUUUUUUUUUUUGCUUUUGACAGUAUCCCUUACAUCAUGGUGGGUCAAACGGUGCGUUGACAAACUAAAUGCCUGUCACCGUCAACCUGCCUUUUGAAACCGUUCACACUUUUGUUUGACAGCAGUAUUGAAAUGGUCGGUCUAGUGUCUUCUCAUUGUAUUAAGAAGACGGCCAUUAUGAACUAGAAAUCAUAAUUUUAAAACUAAAUAUAUAAAUUGUGAUAUGUUUAUUUCCAUUGGUUUUCAAUUUGGUGCCUUAAAGUAUCCCAUAAACCCUUUGACUUCCUCAUAGAAAACGCCUUCUGGGAGAUUAUUGUACAUUGUUACAGCUUUUUGUUUCCCGUGUACCUGAGCAAUUGUAAAAUAAAUAUAGCUUGGUGCAUUAAAAAAGCAAAACGUC